GAUAACAGGAUCUCCAUUUGGUCUGUUGGAGACCUUGGGAAUGCGGGCCUCAACGGGGAGUACCAAGGAGAACCUCAGCUGCUGUGUGAUAUCAGGCACAACGGUGAUGUUAUGGACAUGCAGUUUUUGGAUCAAGAGAGAAUUGUGGUUGCUUCAUCAACAGGAACUGUAACUGUAUUCCGUCAUCAUCAAAAUAACCAGACUUUAUCUGCCAACCAGCGGUGGGAGAAAGCCCAUUACCAUGUGGACCAAGACACAUCUUGUGGUGGAGCAGCAUGUACCGGAGUCAUCUGUAACAAACCAGAAAUUGUCACUGUUGGAGAAGAUGGUAGAAUAAACCUCUUCAGAGCUGACCAAAAGGAUGCAGUAAGAACUAUAGACAAUGCAGACAGCAGUACGCUCCAUGCUGUGACCUUCCUCCGCACAACUGAGAUCUUGACAGUAAAUUCAAUUGGACAGUUAAAAAUAUGGGACCUCAGACAGCAAAGAAAUGAGCCAUCUCAAAUAUUUUCUUUGACAGGAGACAGAGUUCCACUGCACUGUGUGGACAGGCAUCCCAAUCAGCAGCAUAUUGUGGCCACAGGGGGCCAGGAUGGGAUGCUGAGCAUAUGGGACAUCAGGCAGGGUACGAUGCCAGUGUCCCUGCUAAAUGCUCAUGAAGCAGAAAUGUGGGAAGUUCACUUCCAUCCCUCCAACCCUGAUCACUUAUUUACGUGUUCUGAAGAUGGAUCUCUUUGGCACUGGGAUACUUCCACAGACAUAUCUGAAAAACCAUCUUUUCUUCAUCAAGGAGGAAGAAGUACUGCCUAUUUUUCCCACAAUACCAUUAACCAGUCUGUAGUAAGUGCCUGGCUAAGCAACGAUCCUACCAAAGACCGCAUGGAAAUCACCAACUUAGUUCCAAAUCAGACCUUGUCUGUGAAUAGUUUAGAUAUUUUAGGACCAUGCCUAGUAUACGGUACUGAUGCAGAGGCUAUCUAUGUGAACAGACAACUUUUUGCAUGAAACAACUCAAGUGCCCCUUUACAGUACUGAUCCCCUGGAACUACUGGGGAAUGCCAUGUUCAUUCUUAAUGAUACUCAUUAGUCUGUUAGCAGCCUGUGGGGGAGAGGCAGUCCUGGUACUGCACAGAAAAUGUAAGGUACCUCGGAUUCUGACAGCUCUCGCUCAUUACUGGUGCUCCAGGAUGGGUAACUUAUAUGUAAAUGUGUUGUCAUUUCUUC